CUGGCCGUUCAUCCGGGAGUUGUAUAUAAACAGAAUUCGACCAACGUCAGACAUCACUCACUUGACACUCUCAGAUCAACUAAUCAACUAAGCAAUGGCUUUCAAGUUUGUAGCUUUGUUUGCUUUGGUGGCGGUGGCGAAUGGUGGAUUCAUCCCAGCGAGUCCAGUGGCAUAUGCAGCUGCACCAGCAGUGUUGGCGAAGGCAGUAGAUCUUGAGCACGACCCUCAUCCCCAAUACUCAUUCAGCUACGAUGUCCAAGACUCAUUGACUGGUGACUUCAAGAACCAACAUGAAACCCGUGAUGGAGAUGUUGUUCAAGGAAGCUACUCUUUGGUUGAUCCCGAUGGUACCCGCCGUACAGUUGACUACACUGCUGAUGAUAUUAAUGGAUUCAACGCUGUAGUGCGCAAAGAACCAGCAACAGUUGCCGUGAAAGCCGUAGCACCAGUGGCAGUUGCCAAAGUUGCUGCUCCCGUAGCAUACGCUGCACCAUCAGUACAUGUUGCCAAAUUCGCAGCUCCACUUGUCCAUGCACCAGUGGCCUACGCUGCACCAGCUCACUACACCUACGCCGCACCCGCCGUCGCCAAGGUUGCUGCACCCCUCACCUACGCCACCCACGCUACCUAUGCUGCACCAGCUCACUACACCUAUGCUCCAGCUCAUGUAGCCUAUGCUGCACCCGCUGUUGCCAAAGUAGCUGCUCCCCUCACCUAUGCUGCACCUGCUGCAUACACCACUUACCUCCAUCAUUAAGCUUUAGAACUGUUAAAUGAAAUAUGUAUUUCAUAAUUUUAUGAAUAUAUUUUUUAGACCAUUCAA